AUGGCUUCCAAAAAAUUAAGUUUAGAGGAAAGGCUUUCUCUUGCUGCUAAAAAGGGUAAGAAGAAAGGUAAGAAAUCUACCCUUAGUACAGAAUCUUCGUUAGUAUCUGUCUCAUCUCAUUUUUAUGAAAGUACUGAUAAUAUUGAAACUGUAGCAAGUACAUAUACUGAUGACAAGACACAAGAUUACCUGAGUAGUGGAAGAAAUUCACCGGCUUUAAUCGAAAAUAGAGAGCCAAGCUUAGUUGCUGUUACCACUAGAGAGGAAAAUGGUGACAUAUCUUUAGACUCGACCCUUUCAAUCCAAUCUAACAAUGAUGUAAGGAACAAUGACUCCAGUGCUUUUCCAUGGGCAAACAUUCUUCCUGAUAAUUUCCAGGAGUUGAGCGUCGAUGAGAUUUUAAAGAAGUUGAGUCCAGUUUAUGUUUCACAGGAUAUGGAGCUUAAAAAAUUAAAUGAUACAUUGAGAAGAUAUGAACUAGAAAAGAGAAAAGAAGUUGAUAGUUCAAGUUUUAUAAAGUUAAUCCGAGAAAAGGAUGAUAUAAUUAAACAACUUCGUACUGAAGGUGAAAAUCUGGCCAAGGAAGACAGGAAAAGCUUAGAUAAAAUAAAAAGUUUAAACAAAAAAAUUGGUCACUUCGAAUAUGAAGUCAAAGAUCUAAAAGAUGCUCUGGCUGAAAAAUCCAAUUCACACGCAGAAUUGACUGAAAGUUUGAGCACAAUAACUUUAAAACUUACUGAAUCUGACAAAAAAAUAAAAGAAGCGGAGAUAGAGCUUGAAAAGCAUAAUGAUACAAAUAACAAGUUAAUAACAAAGGAAGAAAAUAUUAUUCAAUUAGAAUUGAAUAUUGAAAAAUUAAAUGCAAAGCUUCAAGAAGAGAAAAUUAUCCAUGAGCGUGAAAUCAAGGCCUUAAAAUAUUCAAGUCAUCAACAGGUUACUAAUUUGGAAUCAAAAAUUGAACAGCUAAGAAUUGAACUAGAUAAUGAUAGUAGUGCGCCUCCUAAAAGUCUGGAUAGAGCUAUUUCUCAUGAAAGUUUAAAGAACAGUUCAGGAACUGCUUCAACUAAAGAUCAAUAUUUGCUGAUACAGGAACAAUUUGAGUCAAGUAAAGCCAACUGGCAGAGUAUUGAAUAUGCAUUAAAUAAUAGAGUCACUGACUUACAAACCCAAUUAGCAGAUAUAAAAGAAGAAAGAAAAAACCUAUUGAACAAAAUCAAAACGCAAGAAACUACAACCUCUAAAUUGUCUAAUGAAUUAAAACACACUAUAACAGAAUUAGAAAAUGAGAAGGCUACUAGAUCAACUCUUGAAGAUGAACUGGCAGUAACUAAAUCUUCCUUACAAGAACUCAAAGAUGAUUAUAAAUUAUUACAAAAGAAGUUUGAUAUCCAAAGGGGCCAUUUAGAAAAUAGAAUUGAUUCCCCAUUAUUAACGCAGGGCCGCUUUGGUUCACAAGAAUUGGUUCACCCAAUUUCAACUUCAACGUUUAAUAUCACAGAAAAAUGGCUAGAAUCUGGUCCGGCCUCUCAAUUAUUAGAUGAUAGUUUGGUUUCUGACAUGAAUUACAGCAUUCCAGAUGAUAAAAUUGAAACAUCUUCAAAUGCAAACGAAACAAUAGGUGUUAAUGAAAUGGAAGCAUUAAGCACAAGUGAUCAAGAACAUAUGGAUCGAGCUACCGAUCUUUCUUUCAAUAUCAGCGAUAUGCCAGAUGAAGCUUCUGAACUACAGAUCAGAAGUAGAAAAGAAUCGUUAACUCCGAGUAGUAACUUUCCGUCAUUAUAUCGUAAACCAAGUACCCAAAACCAAAGUUCAAAUACUCAGUUAAACUCUCAUAUGGUUUCAAGGUUGGGUGCAGAAUUAAGAAGAAUGGAGACAGAAAUGUUGUCUUUAAAGGAUACAAAUGAAAGACUACAGAAAGAAAAGAUGAAAUCUAAUAAUGAAAUCGUUAGAUUAUUAGAAGAAAAUGAUAAGUUGAACAAACUUCCUGAUGAAAACCUGAAAUUAGAAAAGAACGUAGCGACCUUAGAGUCUAAACUAGAAGUAUCAUUGCAACUAUUAGGAGAAAAAACUGAAUGUGUAGAAGAACUUCAGAAUGACGUUGCUGACUUGAAAGAAAUGAUGCGCGAACAAGUAAACCAGAUGAUUAAUAUGCAGGAAUCUAUGAAAUAG